UCCGCCAGGAAAGUUCGAAGUUCCAGAAAGUCCCGUAAGAACGCGUUAAGUAAGGAAAAGCGCGCGCGCUCCUUUGACCCUACGCUCUAAAUUUACACUGCUCGAAUUGCAGGCAAGCAGUAAAGUUCAAAGUGUUUGUAGUAAUACAUAGGAUAACGCAUCCUUUCACACAUACAUACGUUGCCGACACACCAAGUGGAUACGAACAAACACAUACAAACGCAUGAAGCUCUGCUCUCCACUCCGUACUUGUGCGGCGCUAUGUGGGUAGGAUGUGGUGUGGUAAGCCGCAACGGUGCUUUCUACUGAAUGCGAAGUGUAAGCGUGUAUGUGGCAACACUCCACCCCACCAACACUCUCCAAUAUUACUCGUAUUACAACCGUUCGGUGUACAUAACUGCAUACGAAUGCAAAACUGAAUAAUCAUUAGAAAGCAAAAUGUGUGGAAAAUAAAGAGUGAAAAAAGUGAAAAAAAGAAAACAACAAAGAAACGAAAACAAACCAAAAGGAUAGUGAAAUACAUACGAACAAACAAGGAUUGGCGAAGUUUUUUAGCCUCUACGCGUUCGUGGUGUUCGUCGUGGCCGCAGCGGCAAAGGACGUAAUCAGGCUCCUAUUUCGCUACAACGGACAGCAUGUUACCAAAAAUAUGAACCAAAAUGGCUAGCAAUCUUCUAUUCGCUAGAAAUUUAUAUGCGUAACACGCGCACAUUAAUACGCCGACAUAAACACAUGCAACAUUUGAGGAGGUACAACUAAAAAGACAACAACAACAACAUAUAAAUAUCCCCAGAGACCGCGCUAUCACAUUACCAGCCACGAAAGAUGCAUCAAGUGCUGAGCUAUGAGACCGCUGUACGUGCCAACAGUUCCCGCGAGUUCCGCGAAUAUGUCACCAAACGCACUUGCGUCAGUCUCGUGCUCACAAUAGCCUUCCUGACGCUCAUACUGGGCUAUUUGCUGGGCAAUUUCGUGUCGGAGCGUAAAUAUCAAAUGCGACUGAACAAGGCGGCCGGCAAAGGAGUGGGACCGCCGCACACGGUGGAAGUGAGCAGCGCCGAUUAUGCAAAUCUCAAAGAAAUCAAUGCUUACCAAAAGAACAAAGACAAGCUUUUGAGCUCGGCACAAUCGCUCAGUGAGUUAUUGAAGCGCGAUCAAAGCUAUCCGGCGAGUUCCAUCAAUACGGACAUAUUCAACAAGUACAUAUCGUGCACACAGGAUAUACCGCCCAGCACCAGCAUCGACUACAGCCAAUUCAUCGAGCAGUUGGUGGACAAUACGGCGGCGCGGCAACGCGAUUGCUUGCGUGUGAUUCAGUUGAUUAUUGAUAAUCACAUGAGCGGUGACACGAACUGAACAUACAAGGGCGAUGUCACGCUUGCGGAGGGGAAUGUGAUAAGACAGCGAAUGCAAUAUGCUUAAAUAGGCAAAAGCAGUUGGUUUGUGCGGAUGUGGGCGUGGCUGAUUAUGAUUUUAUAUAUACAUAUAUGUAUAAGUAUAUCGACAUCUUUCAUAGUGGGCCAAAAACUUUUUUAUAAUAUCAAUGUAUAUUAUUUUUGUAAAGAUUUUUUCUAAAUAUAUACAUACAUACAUAUACAUAGUAGUUGCAUCACGUAUUGACCACACACAUACUUAUAUCCCAUAUAUAUGUACACACAUGUAUAUGUGCCAUAGCAAACAGUCCAGCCAAAUAGGCAAGUUGUGUGCUUUUUCAGCGUAAAACCUACGCAGUGAGGCGCACUCUCCCAGGGGAAGCGGCGGCCGGCGACGACUGCGUAUUUUCAAAAAAAAAAAACAAAAUACCAUUGGGAAAGAAAGAGGCUUUUAGUGAAAGUAAAUGUUGUUCUAAAUACAUAAUGCAUACAAAUUAACUUGAAGAAUUUAAACUAACACAAGCAAAUAUUAAUAUAUAUAUAAAUACACACACUCACUCACUCAUAUAUAUGGUCUUUACUACUCUGAGCAAGAAAUAAUAAGACUCUGUUUAUAAUUUUAAAAUUCUUAAUUUUUUCUUUAAAAUCUUUGUUGCCCCUUCAAUGUAAUCCUUCUUGGCCGCAAUACAUUUGUGCCAAGCCUUUUUCCAAUACCCGAAGCAGUUGUUAAAGUCAUUUUCCGGAAUAACCUUCAAUGCACGUAUCAAAUUUACGUUUAAUGUCUUUAAUUGAUUCAAAUGGGUUUCCUAGGAGCGGUCGUUUGAGUUUGCUCAAAUAGCUAGAAGUCACACGGUGGUAAGUCAGGUAAAUACGGUGGUUACGGCACGAUAUUGGUUGAAAAUAUGGCGAAAAACUCACGUAAAGUCAAUGCAGCAUGCGUUGGUGAAUGAUCGUGGUGCAAAAACCAAGAGUUGUUGACACAUAAUUCCGCUUGUAGACAGUUUGGCCGGUCGGAAGGAGUUCGAAGUGCUCCACACCUCGAUAACCGAAGAAAAUUGUCAACACCGCCUUAAUUUUUGACCUGCUUGUCGUGGGUUUUUCGGCUUCGGCUCACCUUUGCCAGGAUAUUCGGCCGAUUGAUCGUCUGUUUUCGGGUGGUAAGCAUAAAUCCAAGAUUCAUUGGCAGUAAUAAUACGUUUCAUGACAACCUGGUAGUCGGAGAAUGAUCUUUCAAAAUGGUUUUCACUGAUCCUUCUGGUAUUUCAACGACACCAGUGACAUCUCUGACUGUUAAUCGUCGAUUCUCAAGCACCAAUUCCUUUCUUUUAUUGACGUGUUGAUCACCAGUUGAUGUUGAUGGCCGUCCUGAACGUGGUUCGUCGUCAACGCAUUCUCGACUCUCUUUGAAUAAUUUGUACCAAUCAAGACCAGUUGUUCGCGCCAAACAAUUAUCACCGAAGAUCUUUUCCUACAAUCAGAACAUUUCGGCACCAGAAACUUGAUUCCGCUCACAAAAUUGUAUGUAACAUAUUUGUUAAAUAAUUUCACUCAUCGUAAAAAUCGUGGAAUGCAUUUUAUGUUCUUCAGAAAGGCUAGUGUGUGCUAAACACUAAUGAUUAUUUGGUUGUGAUAUUUGGCACAGAUGUCACUGACAGUCAUACCAAAUCAGAAAAAAAAAGAUUUCAACGAAUGGGUUUUUAGUCGAAAUUUAAAUUAAAAAGUCUUACUAUUUCUUGCCCACAGUACCGCAUACACCUACAUCCAUAAUAAAUAUGCAAAUCUAAAGCAAAAUCAUUUCAACCGAAAAAACGGUGUGAAAACGAAAACACUUUCAAUGCGUUUAUUAUUCUUGAAUGUGCUCAAUGUUUACUUAAGGGAAUACUUACUUAUGUAUGUGUGUACAUUAUGUAUGUGUAUGCGCUCUCGGCGCUACACGCAUGUGUAUUGCUGUACAUUAUGGUAAUAAAAUAGAAUUUAUUUAUGGAAAAUUCCAAUUUAAAUAUAUGAAGAUCUGUAAUAUCACACACACGUAAAGAAAGCUUAUGCAUAUUAGGGUGUGUCAUUUUUAGGUAAAAAUUAUUUUUAUUUUUACAAUGCUGCGCAAAUCUUCAUAAUACCCUUCACUAAUACAAAAUAUGGCAGUUAUAUGCUAUAGUGAUUCGAUAUGAACAUUUUCUUCGGAGAUAAUGCUAUUGCCUUGAAUAAUAAUUAAUGCUAAAUUUCGUCAGAAGUCGAUACAAGGACUGGAUUUUGUUCGGUCAGUUUGUAUGCCUGCUAUAUACUAUGGUGAUCCGAUCUAAAAAAACUUUUUUCGAAAAUUGUACGGUUAUCUUUUACAAUCUUGCUUACCAAAUUUCAUGACUAGGCCUUGUCCAUUAAAAAAUUGUCUAUAUCAGAACAUGACCUUGCUUGUUUUGUUUCCAUAGAAUCUAUGUAUAUAUAUGCUAUUGUGAUCCGAUAUCGGCGGUUCCAAUAAAUGAGCAGCUUGAGAAAAUAAGACGUACGCAAAAUUUCAGAUAUACAAGUAUAUACCAAAAUCUCAUCACUUCAUGUAUAUAUAGACAGGCGGAUGGACGGAUGAAUAUAACUAAAAAGAUUGAGCUCAUCGUGCUGAUAAUUUAGUUAUAUAUAUUUUUGGGGGCUCUAACGUUUUUUCUGGGUGUUAAAAACUUCGUGGAACACUUAAUAAACCUUGUUCAGGGUAUAAAAACUCCGUGUCAUAUAAUUAGAAAAUGGAAAGUUAGAAAGAGCACCCUUUAAUAUUAAUAUCAAAAACUCAUGAGGAUAUCUUUUUUACCUUUUUGAAAUUGUUUGUCUGUUUUUUUACCUUGAAAAAAAAAAAAUCCCAAAAGUGACACACCCUAAUACAAAUAUCUGUAUUUGAACACAAUACAAUUUGUUUUUAUGUACAGCAUUCUUGAAGUCAGUCCUCUUGGCGCUGACACUGAAAGCAUUAUUUAAUUAUUUAAGAGGUACUGAAUUUUUUACAUGUACACCAAAAAAGAAACAACAAAAAGUAAUAAUAAUUAUAAGAAUUCUGAUUGUACUUAAACGAAGCAGAGAUUAAUGCCUGAAAGGUAGCGAAAUGAAUAAAUGAAUAAAUUAUUAAAUAUAAAUGUGAAACAAAGAUUUAAAAGAGA